AUGGCCCGGUCAGUACUUGUGGAUCAGCUGCCCCAGGCGCCUAUCGCAGUUGCGACGAAGUCCGAUCGCAGAGUGAUCAAGGUUUCACAUCCUAACCCGUCAUUACAAGUGACGGCUGAUCAUAAGCUCAAGUCUGUUGAGGCUCCUGUCUAUGCGCCCGGGCAUGGAGAGGUACUGGUGCACAUCAAGGCGACCGGUAUCUGCGGGUCGGAUAUACAUUUCUGGAAGACUGGCCGCAUUGGAUCGCUGGUGUUUGAAGGCGACUGCAUUAUCGGCCAUGAGGCCUCGGGAAUUGUUUUGCAGUGUGGUGAGGGUGUGAGCCAUCUUAAGCCUGGUGACCGAGUGGCCGUUGAGCCAGGUGUUCCCUGUGAGCAUUGUUUCCUCUGUGACGAGGGAAGAUACAACCUUUGCGAAGACGUCCAAUUUGCUGGAGUAUACCCUUACCAUGGCACGAUCCAGCGAUACAAAGUGCACCCGGCAAAAUGGCUACACAAGCUUCCUGACAAUGUCACAUUCGCAGAGGGAGCUCUCCUUGAGCCUCUCUCAGUGGUUAUGCACGGCAUCAAGACGGCAGGGCUCAGUCUCGGCCGUGGCGUCGUAGUCUGCGGUGCUGGUCCCAUCGGUUUGAUCGCUCUGGCUGCUGCUCGUGCUUCGGGCGCUCAUCCCAUCGUGAUCACUGAUUUGGAGCCUUCGCGGUUGGCGUUUGCCAAGGAGUUGGUUCCCACGUGCAUCACCUACCAGGUUGACCGGAACAAGGACGCCGAGGGAAAUGCACAGGCUAUUCGUGCCUUUUUUGGCCCAACUGAGUAUGUGGCACCGGAGGUGGUCCUCGAGUGCACCGGUGUUGAGAGCAGUGUUUGCACUGCUGCGUAUACGGCUCGACGGGGCGGUACCGUGAUGGUCAUUGGAGUCGGCAAAGCAAUUAUGAACAACCUGCCCUUCAUGCAUAUUUCCCUCGCAGAGAUUGAUCUGCGUUUCAUCAACCGCUACCGCGACACUUGGCCUCCGGCUAUCCAGUGUUUGAGUGGUGGCAUCUUGGAUUUGAAGAAGCUGGUCUCACAUGUAUUCCCACUGGAGAAAGCGGAGGAUGCCUUGCACCUUUGCGCUGAUCCUCGGAAUGGCAGCAUCAAGGUCCUGGUGGUGGAUGAGCAGGAGGCUACGUUAUAG